AUGUGGAUAAGAUUAGCAACACACUCAAGAGGAGACUACGUUUCCAUGUUGCUCAUCAAAUAUCUACAGUGUCAGAGCCGACUACUGCCUGUCGUUGUGACAACAUUGAUCACAAAUGUGAUAGCUGCUGUUCUUUAUUAUGUCUUCAUUUAUGUUUUUGAUCUGAAAUUAGUAGGCACAGCUAUAGCGCAGGUUUUAUCACAUUACAUUCUUACUGGCCUCGUCACUGGCUACAUCGUCUGGAAGAAAUUACACAAAGAAACCUGGUCAGGUUGGAGUAAGGAGUGUUUAGACGAUUGGAUGCCUAUCUUCAAGCUUGGUAUGGCGGGAUGCAUGAUGGUGUGUCUGGAAUGGUGGAGCUUUGAUGUUGGGUUCUAUCUAGCAGGUUUACUUGAUGAGGAAUCAAUUGGAGCUCAUGCUAUCAUCAUGUACACAGCUACUACAGGUUACAUGUUUCCAUAUGGUAUUGGCAUAGCAGCAUCAAUCAGGAUUGGAAAUAGCCUUGGCGCUAAGAAGCCAGGUAUCGCCCAUGUUGCAUCAGUAGCCUCAUUAUCACUUGGAGUUGUUGCUGCUGUUAUCCUGGCUAUCUUGUACAUCUCACUCAAAGAUUUGAUUCCAUACCUAUUCACAUCAGAAAGCCUCACAGUAAAGCUAGCCUCUUCCAUUCUACCCAUAUGUGCCAUGUUUGCAUUGCUGGAUGCCACUGCUACGGUGUGUGGUGGAGUGAUUCGAGGUACAGGUCGGCAGGUAGUGGGGGCAGUAGUCGACCUCUUGGGAUAUUAUCUCAUAGGGCUCCCUCUUGGAAUCUCGCUCAUGUUUCCACUUCAUAAAGGGAUCUAUGGUUUUUGGAGUGGUAUGACAUUGGGGUUAUUCAUCCAAUCUCUCUUCCUUGUUGUCUUCACUCUCCGAUUAAGUUGGAACAAUGAAACAAGAAAGGCACAGAAAAGAAUUAGACAAGCGGGGUUACAUGAAGAGGAGACAUGUGCUCCUAUCAGCUCAAAUCAUCACGCUGCCUCUCAGACAGAGCUGGAAGGAGACGAGGAAGAAGAGUUAAUAACAACCAAUGGACGUGAUAAUGGUUCAAGCGAUGGAAACCCUCCCAUAGGAAACGGAUACUCUAAUGGAUUCUGUAUGAAAGACAAACAGCCCGGUACUGUAGUGGAUUCCAGUUCAAAUACAGAAGGGUACUACGGCGAUGAUCAGUGCGACGGUAUCAGACCGGUGCCUCUGCACGAUUACCUUCAAGUCAGGACUGAUGAAGGUAGUGCGGAGGAACCCAACACGAGUGCAAAUAACAGCUCCUCAUUUCAUCAGAACGGGAACAUCGUGUGCAGCGAGGUCACCAAAAUGGAAGAAGCCUCCAGGGACUUGCCAGGGAAGACAUCGGUGUGGGAGCUUGUACAAUUGCGUGUCAUGAUUUUAUGUCUUUGUUUUGUCUACCUUGGACUUGCCAUCAUUUGUCGAGUGCUGGUGGUGCCUGAUUUGAGGGCAAUCGCCAUCGAGAGAGAAAUGUCGUUGGCCAAUCUCACCAACGUCACAUCAAUAUUUUCACCUACGGAGGCUGUUCAGUAUACUGAGUUGUUUUAGAAGCAUUGGUUGUGCAAAAACAACUGGAUUUCAACCUCGUAUUAAAGAGAAAUAUAUAUUAGAUGUUUUAUUAAAAUGAACACUAAUUGAACUGUCCACCUCGACAUUAUACAGAGAAAAUUAAUGUUCAAACCAUUACUUAAAGACUGCCUUCACUACUGCCAAUGAGAGGUGUCUCUUAUUAUGUUCAUACUUGCUUAAUAUCAGGCAUAUGACUAAACUCUCCAAUUGAAUAUUCACAUUCAUUGAUUCAGUCUACUUAUGAUAAAAGCAGGGAAAUGUUUUUUGAUUUCUGAUUCUUCAGAAACCUCGAGGUGUUCCAUUGGUACUGUGUACUAAGUUAGUAGCACAUAAAUCCUAUGAUUUUGAUAAUCUUAUGAGGGAUUAUGAUAAUCCCAUACACUGCAUUUAAUGCACAAGUGUACCAAUUAGUUACAAAUACUAAUAGACCCUCCCAAAUCCUAUCAUUCUUUAUAUACUGACGUGAUUCUUCUUUCAUAGUAAAUUGGAUUGUCAAUUUUCCCUGAAUUCCGAGGUACAAGGUCGUGUUACUCAAAUUUUGAAAUGUAUGUAUCAUUGACCCGUUUAUAGAGCUCAACUCUGCCCCACGUCCUAGACAAUUUUUUUAUUGUUGUCUUAUCAAAGCAGAAACACCCUCACAAGAUACGUGACAUUGUAAAUAAUACAUAUCAAUCUCGUGCUGCCAAGUAUGGCAUUGGAUAAAUCUGUGUUGGAUAUAAACAGGAUGUUUCUGAAAAAUAUCUGAUAUUCUCUAGCCUGUAGUCUUGGUGGAUACUGCAGCUUUUGUAUUGUCUUUAUAUGAGUCGGAUGCUGUUACGCAAAAUGUCUGCAAUCUGUCUGAUACAGAAGACUACAAAUUUGCUGCCACCACCUAGACACUGCAGUCUUGUGUUAGUUUUGUUUUCUUUUUAUUGAUGAAUGUCCAGUGGCAGUUUUUUUCUCCAAAAAAAUCGCAUAAAUCCUGGUCAAUAAAAAUAAAACAACUGAACGCGAUACCAGAGAGCAUAGGCGGUGGCUGCUUCGGAGCCACAUUUAUUUUGCAUGUGAUGCAUUGCUGACGUUUCAUGUAACUGCAUCAGACUUGUAAAGGCAAAUACAAACGCUGCAGACUCUGCAUAGAUUAUAGGCUACAACUCUGGUUUUCUAUGCAUUCAUAAUUACUAUGAAUUAUGGGUAAAUAUGACAAGUUCAUUUAUGAUACAAUCAGGAAUAUUGGUACAACUCUUUUGUAUGAGAAUCAUUUAAUUUUGACAAUUGUAGUAAGAUUUUUACCUUUGUAUGUUUUUUUUUAGAUAAUUUCUCUGGUCUGAGAUUUAUUGUGGAUGUACAUAUUUGAAUAUUAGUUUCCUAGCAAAUUUUAUAUCAUGUUAAUAUGAAAUAAAUGCAUUUCAGCCUUCAUUCUAAGUAUUUGUAAUAUUGACUGAGGUUUUUCAGUUACAUUUUAACAUUUUAAUUUUUUUUCAACAAAAUAGAAAUGAUUUAUAGAAAUUGAGAAUCUUUAUCUAUAUUCAUAUAUUUUCACACUGCAUAUAUUAUAUUCUGAAUUUUCUAUUUAAACAGUACUAUAUUCUCUAUUUGUUCAUUUUCUGUAAAUUUCUAAGUGGUUGUAUAAUAAAAUGAUAAAUAAUGUGAUUAAAUGUUCAUGGUAAACUGCCUGUAAAAUGUAAAGAAUGAAAUGAAAUGAAAUAUUCAGUAAGUCUAUGAAAUACGAAUAUGAUUAAGAAUGUUUGCUGCUGUCUGUAUAUGAAUUGUGUUUUGGUUGGCCCUUUUAUCAAGCUUUAGUUUGUGAUAUUAUUGGUACAGUAUAUGAUGAAAUGUUCUGUUCACUUAUUUUCAACAUUGUUCAGAGAAGGGGCAUAUGUGAAAUGUUUUCUAUCUACUUUGGUUCUCAAUUUUCCCAUCCUGAUUUUCAAGCUAAUACCCAAACCAUAAACCAAUGGGUAGGGGUGUGAGGGUGCGGGGAGGUCAAUUUUCCGCAUAACCUUCUUACGUUGCAACCCACCAUAAGUCAUGUUUAAUUCUUUGAAGUCUACCGGUAGUUCAUUUUUUAAAUAUCAAGUUGUAUGUAACUUGCACAAGUGAUUCUAGGCUUAAAGAUCUUCUUUAUUAUCAAUUUUUAUUGUAAUUAGUAGAAUCUGUCGUUCUAUUUCAUUUCCUGCCAUAGUCAGAAAGAACAUCGGUGGUUGAUUUCAUAAAAAUUACCAUUGAUAUUAGAUCUGUCAUGUGUACAAUUUAUCAAUUAGUGUAAUUCAUAGCAAAGUUACAAUUGAUACGUGAUGGGAACUAAAAGAUACUGAAUAGAUCAUGUGAUACAAUAGAAUAUGACAAUUCUGUCACUAGCACGAUAUAUACUCUUGAUGAACACAUUCCCUCUUCAGAUAAUUUUAUAGAAUAAUGCACAAAUGAUCAAUCGAUGUGUACUUGUAUGAGAUACUAUUUUUAUACCAAGUUUAGCUAUUAUUAUACCUUUUUAUCCCAAGGUAAGCUUGACCAUUUUUUUUUCUACUUCUUUCAAAGCUACAGCAUUGCAUGUUUUAUACCUGAUAUCGUUAUCCUUGGUGCUUCUCUUUUCUUGCCUUUGUUUUGAAAUCUGUUCUUUGAAUUUUGUCUGUGCUUUGUAAUUUGAGCUCUGAAUCUGGAUACGUUUGUAUAUUCCUAACAUCUUUUAGCCCCGUUGAUAGAGGGGGCUAUUCCCUGUAGCAUAGCCGUCUAGGGUCGACAUUGUAAUGGCAGGUUUUAUUUCCAACCCUGACACUAGAUUUUUUUUUUUCAACUCUACCUUACACUCUUUUUGUAUGUACACUGCCGUUUAUUCCGUUAGGUGUAAAGUGGAAGCUUGAUUUCAGAAUGGAGAAGGGUUAUAAUAACAUCAUGUCAUGCAUGGCCUGCUUAUAAGGCUUGACUGCUAAUCCUCUCUAUCAAUUUCAGAGAAAAAAAUAUUUGGAGGUAAAAAGAACUGGGUGUUUCCUUAAUUGAAUGUAUAAAUAAAAAUGAAAUUCUCGCUGAACGUUUGUACAUAGCUGGAUGUAAUAUUCAUAUCUUUUGUUGGCAUGUUUUCAGUUUGCAAAAGUGCGUUAUGUGAUUAAUUCAAUAUGGUGUAUAGAAUUUACAAGGACAUGCCGUUGGCUUAGUAUUCUAAUGUAUAUUUGUGAAAACUAAUGCUGUUUGUACUGUGUAUACAUGGAGAAUUUCCCUAAAUAUGAGACGUCGUUUUGUUUCCCUUCAUUUCUUCAGUCCCAUCAGACCAAGGUUGUCCCCACAAUGUAUGACUAAGCCAAUGCAGUAUAAAAAUUAAGAUUUCUUGUGAUAGCUUAAAGGGGCAAUUCACCAUGAUGAUAAGUUGGUUUAAAUUAAAACAGAAAGAUUACAGAAAAAAUAUUGAAGGUUUGAUGAAAAUCCAUCAAAGAAUAAGAUUUAUGAAUUUUUAAGGUUCAUUUGAGACAAGAUAUAUGAGCAGCUCCCCUAUAUAUCAUGUAAUAUAAAUUCCUACAUUAAUAAGAAUAUUUUUCUUAUAGAAGGGGAUAUGAAAUGAUGUGUCUGAUAUACCCCCUGCACAAAAAAUCUUUCUUUUUUUUAGAAAAUGGCAUUUUUGUAAAUUUAUAUCAUAAACGUAUGGAGGAGCUGGUGACAAAAUUAAUAAUUUAAAAAAUUAUGUAAAAAAAAAAAUUAUUUUGACAGAUUUUCAUUUAACAUUCACCACUAUAUUUAUUUAUUCUGCUUUAAAUAAAAUCAACUUAUCAUCAGGGUGAACUUUCCCUUUAAGUUUAUCAACCAUUUUAACAAGUGCCAAGGGUCAAUUUUGAAAUAUUUUAAUUAUCUUUUUUAAGGGAGAGAAAUCAGACUACACUAUAUACAAUGUCUUUCUCAUGCCAGGACCACUUAUUAUAAUUUGGUAUUCUCAUUGUAUUUAUGCAAAAUAUUGAUUUUACAAUGAUUUCAGCUAAUAUUUUGAAAAAAAAAUCAUUUUAAUAGUCGGAAAGGCAACCUAUUGAUUAUUGUAUUUGCCAUCUAUAUAGAAUGCACCACUUUAUCACAAAUUAUAGAAUGGGUACAUUUUGAUAAUGUAUUUUAACCAUUCAUUGAUAACCACAUCUUUUUAAUUGCAUCAUUUUUGUCACAAUAUCCUAAACAGAAUACAUAACACUUGUGUACAUAAUUGAUAUGUGAGCCCCAUUUAUAUGGACAAUACGUCUAGAAUAAAAUAAUGGCCAAGUCUAUGAGAGUGUUGUGGCUUAUGAAGUCU